AUGGAAGAAGUUCUCUCCGGCGUCUCAGCCGACGGCUCGUCGAUCAUGCCCAAGAUGGCACCGCACCUGAGCCGACACCUGCUGUUCCCGUUGAUCCAGUUCGAGGAGCAGAAGGCGGAGGAGAAUGGCGACGACGCAACGGCCAAGCAGAUACUGUCCGGCAAGAUCAAGCUGCUCGAGGACACCAACAUGACCGACUACGUCGCCACGCUCUACUGUGACUUCCACGGCGUGGCCGACCCCCCCGCCGAGUACAUCAAGAAGAGGCAGGAGGUCCUGUCGCAGCUGGAGAAGUACGAGCAGGCCACGGCUAAGAUCGCAGACCUCUUGACCCAGGACGAGGUCGUCAACGGGCUCCGAAGCGACAAGGUUGCCAACUUGGAGUUCCUCAAGAACUCGCACGGCGUCACCAUGGAGAUGGUCAACGCCCUCUACGACUUCGGUCAGUUCCAGUUCCGAUGCGGCCAGUACGAGCCCGCCGCCGAUAUGCUCUACCAGUUCCGAGUGCUGUCCACCGAUAACGAUAAGGUCUCGGGUGCCACCUGGGGCAAGCUCGCCUCCGAGAUCCUUCAGACCAACUGGGAGUCAUCCGUCGAGGAGCUCAAGAAUGUGAGGGAAGGCAUCGACACCAAGUUGUUCAACAACCCCCGUGCCCAGCUCGACCACCGAACGAUGCUGGUCCACUGGUCUCUCUUCCCCCUCUUCAACUAUGAGGGUGGCCGCGAGCCCAUCCUGGAGAUGUUCUUCUCCGCCGCCUACAUCAACACCAUCCAGACCUCCUGCCCCUGGAUCCUGCGAUAUCUGAUUGCCGCCGUCAUCACCGGCCGCAGCCGUGCUCGCAACAGCUCCCUCCAGCAGAAGCAGAUGAAGGAUGUUAUCCGAUACGUCCGCCAAGAGGCCUACGAGUACACCGACCCUAUUACCCAGUUUGUGAACGCCCUAUACAUUGCUCACGACUUCGAGGCUGCCCGCGAGGCUCUCCACCUGGCCGAGCAGGUCUGCCGCAGCGACUUCUUCCUCGCCUCGUCUGCCGACGCCUUUGUUGAGGCUGCCCGACACCUCAUCUGCGAGAGCUACUGCAAGAUCUUCAGCCGCAUGAACAUCCGGGACCUGAGCGCCAAGCUCGGCCUCAACCCCGACGAUGGUGAGAAGUGGAUCGUCAACCUGAUCCGAGAGACCCGACUGGACGCCAAGAUCGACAGCCAGGACGGCACCGUGGUGAUGAACCACCCCCCCAACAACGUCUAUCAGCAGGUGAUUGAGAAGACCAAGGGUGGUUUCUUCAGGACACAGGUCUUGAACGCUGCCGUCUCGAAAUAG